AUGGAAGAGACACUAGACUUGGAAGCCCAGAACCCUGGUCCCGAUGUGGAUAAAAAACUCAAGGCCCUUAAUGUGCUUGUUGAUAAAACAAGAACAAAAGUUGAGCGAGCCGGAAGAGCUGUAAGAAACAGACUGUCGGUAUGGAAAAUCCCUUUGUAUAUUUACCAGACAUGGUUGUUCUUCUUCAUGAUUUUUUCUUGUUUGACGAUGUUCACCACAAAGUUGGGAGUCGUGACAUACAAGUACGAUAGCUCACUUAGCUCGAAGAUGAAUCAGACGGCUAAUUCUCUAGAACUAGCGAUGGAGGGCUCAACUCAAAAUUUCUCCAGUUUGCUACCACCACAAUGGCCCAGCGGAACAUAUACGGUAGGGUUUUUCUUUGUUUGCAGAAAGAACGACAACUCCAAAAAGGUGUGCUACAGAGGCAAGAUAGUGGAGGAUCUUAUCCUCAAAGACAUUGGCAUUCAAAUUGCCGAGUACAAUGGAAUGAAGGAUCCAGCUGCUUUUGGCGAAACCUUCUUGGUUACUUACCGAGAGGUACAAAAGAAUUUAAGGAAGGAGCGGUCAGAAAGAAGCCAUUGUCACUACUCCUACUCCGAAGAAAAGCGGAUAUGUGAGUUUGAAGGCCUUACGGCGGAGGAGGCUUCUUUCCUUCCUUCUACAAGAGUUGCUGAAAAUCCGCAAAUCGGUGGUCCUUAUCUCUAUCUCGUGCAAGCUGCUUUGUUGUUCAUUUCGUUAUCUUUGUUGUUAUGGGAUGGAGAAGAUGGUGUUGCAGUAUUUGUUUCCAUUCUUUGCACCGCCGUCCUGAUACCUGGCUUGACACCGUUUCUUGUCAUGGCAACAAAACUAGGUCAGCCGAUGGAGUAUUUCGUCGAUGAAUCUCAUGCAUUCGCUUUCACAAUGUACCUUCUCGAGCCAGCUAUACCAUCCAUGGCGUUUAUUGUCAUUUUCAAUAUGUUGAUUGCUGAAACAUAG